GACUCAUAGAUGGCUGCUCUCUCUCUGUGUCACUGAGUUGCGUUGUUCACUGUAAGGUAUAGAAAGAGAGCCUUCAUACUAAAAUAUAAGCACUGGAACUUAGGUUAUACCAAAACCUCUGGUCAACCUUUUGCUGAUCCAUGGAGAAGAUGGCAUCUCCUCUCUAGGUUUCCUUUAGUGUAUACAUAGUCUGGGUCACCCAGAGUCCAAAUGGAAAGGAUGGCUAUGACAUUGGAAAAGUUCACCCGCUCUCUUGAUGCCAAGUCUCUCCCUAGAGUACUGCAGAUACAAUCUGGAUAUUAUUUCCAAGGUUCUGUGUAUGAGCUGUUUGGAAGAGAGUGGAGUUUCUCCUAUGGAGAGCUUCUGAAGAUCAUUGGGAUCAGUGUCACCAGACUCAUUGUGGAACUUCAGUCUGAGGGUUCCAAAUCUAUGACAGUAGAUCUAUCUCUCGACUACCCAGGCCUUUUCAGGAUCGUGGCCGACAAGAGGCCAUACGCCAGUAUACAGGAGAUUGUUGACUCAGUGUGUAUCAGCCCUGAGUGCCUGGGCCAGCCAGAGUUCCGCUGCCCUGAGGAACUACAGCUGGCUGAGGGGACCAUCCAGGCUGAGGAGAGCUUCAGACUCACUGCUCUUAGGACGAAGCACGGAGACAGCCAUGUUGACUGUGAGGUCACGCGGAAAGACUCCAAGCACAUCUUCACUGUGAAGCUCUCGCACACUGGGGAGUUCUAUGAGUGUGCCGACGACCAGUUCUACACCCUCAGGGAGCUGGUGGAAUGGAAAAUGCCCAAAGGAAGGCACUGUAAUGUUCAUAUUUCAAACAAAAUGUGUUGAUAUGUACUAUUAUGCUCUUUAUACUGAGCCACUCUUCCAUUUAAAUGUGUUAUUAUAUUCAUGAUACAAGAAAUAAAUUGUUUGUACAUUAAUCAACAAGG